AUGCCGCGAAAUAUCAAUUCCAAAGGCGUGUCCUAUCGCAGCCGCAGAGAGCGGGAAGUCCAACGUCGAGAAGUGGAGGACCACUGCCCAGACGGCGACCCGGCCUCGGGCUCGGAAGAGGACUUGGUGAAGGGCGACACAGCGCGUGCCAAACUGGUCCUCUUCGAGUUUGGACAGAAUGAUCCCAAGAUGGACAGCGGUGUGCGCUUGUGUCGAUUUGGCUUGGCCAAGAGUUUACGACCACAGGCUGGCUUCCAGGGCAUUGUAUUGAGCACGAUGACGCAGAUCCCAGUGUCCGCAGAGGAUCGAGAAGUCAUCGAGACUUCCGGCCUCGCGGGAGUCAACUGCAGCUGGAAUCGUUUGAACGAAAUUCCUUGGGGCAAACUGCCCCGGAAGCCUCAGCACAGGAUUUUACCCUUCCUGGUUGCUGCGAAUUCAGUGAACUAUGGCAGGCCCAACAAGCUGAACACCGCUGAGGCAAUGGCUGCAGCAUUGAUCAUUGUGGGCAUGCGCAGCGAAGCGCAAAAGUUAUUGGACGCCUUCAGUUGGGGCGAGGAGUUUCUGCGUCUCAACGAGGAGGCUUUCACGGUCUACUCUCAAGCGAAGAAUGCCAGAGAUUUGCGUCAGGCCGAAGCGCAGCUGCUGGAGAGGUGGCGCCGCGAGGCCCAAGAGCGCCGCAGUGAGGAGGUGGAUCUUCCACCAGAGGAGGAGGAGGAGGAUGAGGAGGAAGAAGAGAGUGAUGGCGGAGUAGCAGAUCCCGAAGUCUCUGACGCCGCCAAUGUUGAAGACGCGCCUGCCGAGCCAGUCAGCCAGGCACCUGCGAAGCCGGAACCCAAAUUUGCGCCUGCCCCGCGCGUUGCCCCAGCCGCGGCCGUGCGGGUUGAAACGCUGCAGUCUCAAGCGGCAGGGGAACCGAAGGGCGAAGCAAAGGACACGAAGCCGCGGAGUGAAGUGCGACCGCAGGCAGAUGAGAUCCAUGAUGCGGAGGUGGAGGUUGACGAGGUGCCAAUGCUGCGUGCAGAUGCACCUCCCGCCGACCAGAAGGCCACACUGCAGACGCUGCAAGACAUUGCCAGCAGCGAAUUUUUGAAGGACAUGGGAUUGGCUGGCCUCAGUGGGAACAAGCUUUCAAAGAUGAAGCGAAGCGAAUACGAGGAGCUUUGGAAGCGCUUUGUGGCUGCAGAAGGAUUGGAGGUGGAGCCCGCAACACGUUCCAAGCUCUUGACGCCCAAGAGCAGCUCCACAGGCUCCACAGGCUCCGGAAAGCGAAGGAAAUGA